GAUCAAAUGGUCAUCGUUCUAUACUCUUCCAAAGUGGAUUCUGUUGCUUUACUUAACAGGUGUUUCUUUUUCUGAAGAAUGGGAGACUGGUCGUUACUAGGGAGACUGCUGGAUAGCGUUCACUCACAUUCUACAGUGAUUGGCAAAAUUUGGCUGACUGUAUUGUUUGUGUUCCGGAUCCUACUGCUUGGGGCUGGUGCAGAAGAUGUUUGGGGUGACGAACAGUCUGGUUUUCUUUGCAACACCCAACAACCAGGUUGUGAAAAUGUUUGCUAUGACAAGGCUUUCCCCAUCUCACACAUUCGCUUCUGGGUCCUCCAAAUCAUCUUCGUUUCAACCCCUACCCUGGUCUACCUUGGACAUGUCUUGCAUGUAAUCCACCAAGAAGAAAAAGUGAGAUGUCAACAUGAUGAGAUGGAAAUACUUGUCCAAAAACGCAAGACAUCCAAGCAUAUUGUAAAUAAUGGAAAAGUGAAAAUGCAAGGCACCCUAUUAUGCACCUACUUGCUAAAUGUUUUGUGUAAAAUUAUAUUGGAAAUUGGUUUCGGAGUGGGUCAAUGGUAUCUUUAUGGAUUCACUUUAGAACCUCUGUUUGUAUGUGAAAGGAGUCCUUGUCCACAUAAGGUGGAUUGCUUCAUUUCUCGUCCAACAGAAAAGUCCAUCUUCAUUAUCUUCAUGUUGGCUAUGGCUGGUGUAUCACUUGCUCUGAAUUUAGUUGAAAUAUUUUACAUUAUUUGUAGGCAGAUAACAGGUCGGAAAAGGAAGCUUAGGUCACAGGUGUAUUCCAAAAAUGCCUUAAAGUAUUCCACACCACCUUUUGUUUCUGGCGGAAUUUCAAUAAGCUCUACAACAAGGCCUCUAAGUUCAAUAGAAAAUUACAGCAGCAAGGAUCCUAACUUCCAGAACACCAUGAAUUUGAAGAUUGAAAAUUCUGGGGGGAAACAAAGCUCUGAUUCACAAAAUAUUGGUAAGGAGGAUUUGGGAAAGAUUUCUAAGGAGGAUGAGAGCAAAAUGCAACAUAAGGUGACAGGGGAGAAGAUAGGUGAGGUGCAUCAACCUUUUUUAGGGGAAUGUCAGGGGACCGGUAGCGAUGAGAGUAUCAAGAUUCAGGGAGAGGGACAAAUGUAAACAGGAGCAACAGGCCCUAAAUAUUUCAACUGAAGGAAUUGUUAUUUAACAUGACCAUGUUUCAUAUGAUCGCUUCCUGGACUCCUUUAACAGGGCAAUGGAACUAUAAUAAAACCCCAUAUGAAAUUGGUCUUUCACUUCACAGCUGAUUGUGGGACAUCGCUUGUGGAAAUUGCCUACCUCAUUCACCCACAAAUACACAGUCCCUACACGUCAUAGUAAAAUCCUGUGAAACGCUUUGAGAUGUCUCAAGCUAUUAUUAAUAGACUUAAGAUCACAAAAGAGGUAUGGAUAAUGAAGGACCUCAGACCCAUUUGAUUUCAUCCUUCCAGAAUAUCAAAACUUAGUUAUUUCAACAUCACCUGUUUCCUAAAUGAGUCCAGCCUCAACCAUCUUUUUGGUAACUCAUUCCAGGCCUUAUUUAUCCAGUAUCCGUCCUGAUAUUGUCCUUUACAACUCUGAAUCUAUGUCCUUUUACCCUAAUGUCUUGGCUUGAAAGUAUGAUUCAGAUCCCAUUGAACAACUUACAUAACUUUAUAAGGUGCCUUCAAAGAUGGCUCAUUUCAAGGCUGAAGAGCUCCGAUUCAUCCAGUUGCUUCUCAUAGCUCACCUCUCUCAGAAUGGGGCUCAACCAUGUUGCUGUUCUCAGCAUUGCUUUUAGGCCUGGGCAGUAUCUGCAUAUCACCCACUCAGAAUAUAUUGAGUAUUCAAGAGGCCUCUGUGACCUGCUGCCCCUUAUCAACCUGUCCUUUCCCUCUGCUCAGCAGGCUCCCGCUCCACGUUCCCUGACUGGCUCCCCCCAUCAUCGGUGGUUGGGCCUUCAGCCUCUCCAACCCUACCCUUUGGAAC